AUGUUUAAUAGAGAUGGGCAAAUCCAAACUGUUACGGAAACUACUAACUAUGAAACUGAUACAGCUGUACUGAAGGCAGUGAAACUUCAUAUUGAAAAGGUUUUAAUCAAAGAAUCGGAAAUAAAUUUGGAUUUCGUCGAUGAUAAAUUCAACAUAAAUUUGCAAAACACACUAAGAUCAAUAGGUAUUAUGAAAAGUCCCUCUGAAGAUGAUGAUUGCUAUUAUAAGACUAGUAAUCUGAGAGCUAGAAGGGAGAACACUAAAUCCAAAGUUAGUGCUUGUGAGAUAUACAUUUGUGAACUUGAAGCAUUGUUAGAAGUGCAGAAACUCUAUCGACAAGAAACGAAAAAGCCAAACUCGGGAGUUUCGAACCAUAUUUAUUUGCCAGUGAUAAUGGAUUAUUUAUUCUCGUUUUCUGUCACAUCGGUUAAUGAAGAGAGAUCAUUUUCAAAAUUCAAGAAAAUUUAUGGUGACUAUCGACAUAGACUAGAUGAUUAUACUGCAUUUGCGACUGCUAAUGACAGUACUGCCAUGAGGUCAAAAUUGAAAAUUGACAUAUAUCAAGAGUCACUAGAGCAAUCAUUAUAUGAGAUAUGUGUCUUUAAAUAA